AUGGCAAGCAAAGAAUCAUCGGAGCGCCUCGUCUUCGACCCUGAUGGAGACCUCCUACUCCGGUUCACUUGUCCGGUAGAAGAAGACGAGCAGGAGGGUGAUGUCGCAAACGAUCACCCGCAAAGUUACGAUGACGAUGGACCUCUCCUACCGUGGAUUGGAGAUCCUUCCCCGUUGGACGAAGAUAAGAGGCAUCCAGAAGACCCUGAGGAACCGCAUAUCUCCGUCCCAGGUGAAGAUGCGUCAACGGAGGAGACAGACGCUGUCCUUGUACCAGAUGCUGGCUUGGAUGGCACUAGCUGCCCUUCUGUGGAAAAUGGUCCGCCUCUUCGAACCACGGAAAUGCUGGUAUCCUCGAAGCACCUCAUGCUUGUCUCGCCAGUCUUCAAGGCUAUGUUUACCCACAGAUUCAAGGAGGGAGAGACGCUUCGAUCCAAUGGUCACGUGGAAGUCGAGCUUGAUGACGAGACCUAUGCGUUCGAGAUCCUGAUGGAUAUCAUCCACUGCCGGAUCAGAAAGAUACCCGGACACGUCAGCCUGCAGACGUUAGCAUCGCUGUCGAUUAUUGUCGAUAAGUAUCAAACGCUGGAGCCUGUAGAGCUCCACGUCAGAUUGUGGCUACCUGAGCUGAAGAAAGAGUUUCCCACCUCGAUGUCACCGGAGGUUCUGCCCUGGCUCAGCAUUGCCUGGGUGUUCCAACUCGAUGACGACUUCAUGGAUCUAACUCGGAUUGUUCAGCGUGAAAGCUUCGCAGGAUGGAAUGCUGGUAAACAGUGCUACCCGAUGCCGGACCGUAUAUAUGGUAGGACCUCUCGAUCUGCGCAAUUGGCCGUGGAGAAGCUGACAUGGGAGCUCCGCUUAGCCAAAGUCGAGGAACAGCGGCAAGCCUGCAUUGACGAAGCACUCUCGCUCGUGGAAAAUUACAUCAGCAUAUAUCAGAAUUCGUCCAAGUCCAUCUGUCGAGUCCUCCCACGCGACUCGCGACUCGAGUUUGCAUGCGACAGCAUGGUGCUUGGAAGCCUACUGAAGAGUGCCACACAGCUCGGUCUGUGGCCGAGGACCUCGUCGAUGUACCACAAUUCGUCGGUGUCCAAGACACUAGAACGAAUCACCGCCCUGGAGAUCGUCAGCUUAUGUAGAGCAGACUCCCUCCGCCCUGAUAUCGGCUAUGAUUUCGAUGGGAUCUCCUUCCCCUCUUGUACCAAAAUCAAGCGCACGAUCCAUAGAAAGCUGAAUGCAAUUGAGAAUCGAUUGGUCGGCUUGAGCCUAGAUUUCUGA